AGCAUCUGAAACUGGGAUAAAGUUUUCCCCAAAAAAUUGGGGAAAAACUUCCUGCGGAGAGAAGGACUACUUCAAGCGUAGGUUUGAAAGUAUCCUACUCCCAAAACGUUUAGAACAUAAUAGUCGUAGAGUAAGACAUUCUUUAAAACCACUUUCUGUCGGUGUCGGCAUAUUCUGAUAUAUUUUGUAACCACAGCUUCAAAAGUGGAGACCGUUUUUUCUUUGCUAUCCUUGCAUUUCUUUAAACGAGAAAUGGAAGAGGGUUCAAGUUCUCCCGUCUCCCCAAUGGAUAGCCUACUGACCAGUGAGGAUGAGUUGGACAGGCAACAGAAAAUAUUCGGAAGGAAGAGGAGACACAGUAAAAAGUCGAUCGAGGACAGCUGUCCAAGUAACGUGAAACGGGGCAAAAAACCGAGUCCGAGCAGCAGCACUCAGUCCUACGAGGAGUUGCAGAACCAGCGGUGCCUGGCCAACGUCAGGGAGAGGCAAAGGACACAGUCGCUCAACGAAGCAUUCUCGUCUUUACGCAAAAUCAUCCCCACGCUACCCUCGGAUAAACUGAGCAAGAUCCAGACACUAAAACUCGCCUCCAGAUACAUAGACUUCCUCUAUCAGGUGCUGCAAAGCGACGAGAUGGACAACAAGAUGUCGAGCUGCAGCUAUGUUGCGCACGAGAGACUCAGUUACGCUUUCUCGGUGUGGCGGAUGGAGGGCGCGUGGUCAAUGUCUGCAUCUCAUUAGCAUCCAAAGCCCUUCACUCAAUGCCAAAGCGACUGUUUACUUCUACAAAGUAUGAAGACACCAAAGGGUCUAUUGAAGAACCCACGAACCUCAGAAACGUGGCCAAGGGGCAUAAUGUGGUGCACAACUCUCCUGGAGUGCUUUGAGUGCAAUUACCUAACACUUGGAAGAGUGUGAGAAGGAGUGAAGAUAACCCGAAAAGUUGCAUACUCAGACAGUGUUGUAAGACGCUUCUCGUGUCUACUGCUGGCGCAUUAUAAUGUUGUUUUAAUGUCGGAAUGGUGAUGAGAGUAGGAAAAACCAUCUUUUAUCUUUUUGGAGAAAUUCUAUUUUGUUCUGUUUGUAAAAUCUCAAAAUAGAAGUAUAUAUAAAUGUUUCGUAUUGUACAUAGGCCUACCUGUAUGUAUAUUCAGCUUGUAAAGGGACCAAUGCAAUUUAGAAUACGUUCUUGAAGUACGCUGCAUGGAUUUAUCCAGAUUUGACUUAUAAGCAAGUCUUUCAACUCUGUCCAAUGUACUUAAAAAAACUUAUUUAUUAAAACACAUAUUUUUGAAUAAUGUAGUUGAGGCUUUUGAUUUAUGUUUCCAUAGAAUACCAUAGCAUACCCAUUUCAGACAGAAUAUGUAGUAUAUUAUACAACCUGUAAAAAAAAUAUAUAAGGCAAUGUUUAUGACUCCCUUUCAAACAGCCCCUUAUUUACCACUUUCU